AUGAAUUAUUUAAUACUCUUUUAUACUCAAAUCAUACAAAAUAUUUGGUGGAUAACUUGCUCAUUCAUAUUUUAUUAUCCUUAUGAAUACUAUAUCUGCACUCUAUCAAUUAUUUUCAUUUUGAUUAGGAUUUUUCUUAUUGUACUUGAAUUAUAGCUUAAACAAACAUUAACAUAUCAAAUUUUAUAAUUGCUACUUAAUUGUUUAUAUACAGAAGUUAGUUUAAGAAUGCCAAUGAAUAAUCCAUUUGUUAAUCAUACUAAUUCAUUAAUGAUUCUAGCCAAUUACUAUUAUGCAAAUUAAGAAUAAUUGAACAAUGUUUAAAUUGUAUCAAAAUUAGGAUUUCCAAUCUAUUCAUUAUUAAGAAUACUAUCCAUUACAUUUAUUUAAUCCAAUUAUAACAUAAUUGAAAGUUGUUUAAUCAUUCUAAUAUUUUUAUGUUUAGUUGUUUACAAUGAAAUUAUGCAAAAGAUUGAAUCAAAUUAAAAUGUUACAAAGCAACUUAAUCUAAGUGAACAACAGAAUUUCAAUUCAUAAUUUAUGACAUUUGUAUAAUAAGAUUCAAGAAGGUAAUCUUUAGGACCACCAUCAUUUAAAAAAAGCAAGACACAUUAUUCUUAAAAUCAAGAUAAAUAAUAAGAAAUAUCUUCUAACAUUCCUUUAUAUAAUAAACCAAAUACUUUGGAAGAUAAUUACAAAAAUUAACUUCCAUAAUUCAAUUAAAAAAAGAUUUUUCAAAAAAAAAUAUCAAUUGUUAGUGUUGAAAAGACUGAUUAACAACUUCAUACUUUCUUUCAAAAUAUAAUAAAUAAUAUUUUUUCUGCUGGAGUGGUAAUAUUGAAUUAACAUUAAUAAGUAACUUUCAUGAAUAAUAAGUGUGAAAAAUUACUUGGUCAAAGAGGUACUGACAAAGUAGUAGAAAGUAUCAAAAAAAUAAUUCUAGAGAAUUCAUUACUGGAAGAUGAUGAAUCACCUUUAGCUUAAAUUCCACCUCGAGCUUAGGCAUAAAUGAAUAAAGCUACAUUAGAGAGAAUAAUAAAGUAGCAUCAAAAGAAUCAAUUAGAAUUAGAUAUUUUUGAUGCUUUUCUAUAUCCUUAAAAAUACUUAAAUUCAUAUUAUCAAACAGUUUCUCCAAAUUGUGAUUACGAUUAAAGAAGUAGUAUUUCUGAAUCAGUUAAUGAAACACUUAUUAAGAGAAAAGAUGCUGUAACAUAUGAACAUAUUAUUAAUAAUGAAGGAAAUUGUAUAAAAAAGAUAAGAAUAGUAAUUAUUCCAACAUAUAUGACAUCUUCUUAAUAGGAUUAAUUAUCUUAACCCUCAUUAUAAAAGGUUUACAAUAACAAAAACUUUUAAAUUAAUGAUGUAGUAUAACCUAUUAUAGUUAUUAAAAUAAAGAAUAUUACUAAAAAACAUAAAAUUGAAUAGAUGAAUAAAGAAAAGGAAACUCAUAAUUCAUUACUGAAAUCUUUUUCUCAUGAGCUUAAGACUCCUUUAAAUAGUUGUCAGGAUAUGCUUGUAAUUAUUAAAGAUAAAAUCUCAGAUAAAAUGAUGUUAGAAUUUGUAGAAAUAGCUCAUAUAUCCAUUCUUUUUUUAAUUAAUUAAAUAAAUGAUAUUUUAGAUUAUGCUGCAAUGCAAUCUAAUACAUUUAAAUAUAGAUUUACAUUGUUUAAAAUGUAAGAGUUGACAGAUGAAAUAAAAUAUAUUUAUGAUAGUUAAUUAAAAUCAAAAAAGAUAGAAUUUUAAAUUAAUUUAGAUGAAAGGGUUAAGAAUUUAAGUAUACGUUCAGAUAAAUAAAGAAUAAUGUAGGUUCUUAUAAAUUUAUUAAACAAUUCAAGUAAAUUUACUCCUUAAGGAGGUAAAGUAAAAUUAUCAAUAAAAGCAAUUGAAAAUCAUUUUAUAAAGAUUUAAGUAAAAGAUUCAGGUAUAGGAAUAGGUUCAGAAUAAUUAUCAACUUUAAGAAAAGUAUUAACAAGUUCAAUGGGGAAGAGUCUACAUAGAUCAAGAAUAAAAAAGAGUCUUGGAUUGGGAUUGAAUAUUUCUGCCAGAAUUGUGGAAGGUUUAGUAUAAAAGAAUGAUGGUACUUUAGAAAUAAUUUCCAAAAAUAAAAAUAAAGGAACCAAAAUUUAUUUUAAAAUUGAAUAUUAAAUGUCUUUUAGAGAUGAAUCAUUAAGAAACCCUAUGAUUUCAGAAUAUACAAACAAAAAUAAUACUUAUAAAUAAAUGAUGUCUUAUAAUGAACCUAGUCAGUUAGAUUAGAGUAAAAAUGUAUUGAGAUAAUCCUCUGAGAAUUCUAAAAAUUUUGAUUAUAUGUCUCCUUCAAAAAAAAGAAAAAAUAUAAAAAAUAGAUCUGUUAAACUUAUGCCAGCAAGUUAGACAGAGAGUUUACUUGAAAUGUUUGAUAAUUCUAAUUAUAAUAUAGAAUUACCAAUCAGUCCAGAUUAUUUUAGAUAUAAAUCUCAAACUAAUAGUCGUACUUGUUAAUUAUGCACUUAAUGCAUCUAAGUAUUAGUUGUAGAUGAUGUCCCUUUUAAUUAAAUUGCUUUAAAAGCAUUAUUAUAACAUUACAAAAUUUAAUCUGAUUAAGCAUAUGAUGGAUAUUAAGCCAUAGAAAUGGUUAAAAAAUAAACAUAAAAACAUUGUAAAUAUUAUACUUUGAUAUUGAUGGAUAUUGAAAUGCCAGGUAUAAAUGGAUUCUAAGCAACAAAAGAAGUAAAAAUUAAAAUUAUUUUUGAAAUAUUAGAUACUCGAAAUCACCGAAGACUCUACAUAAAUUGUAAUGUGUUCAGCAUAUGAUACUGAAGAGAAUUUUAGAGAAGGAGAAGAGGUUGGGAUGUCUGAAUUCCUUCCAAAACCUGUUCAUUAAAAAGAUCUAGAAAGAAUUCUCAGAUAAUUUAGUUUGAUUUGA